CGGCUGGUGGCGGCCCCGGCGGCGCAUGGCGGCGCGCGGUGGCCGGCGCGGGCCUGCGCCCAUCGCCUCCUUCGACCACGAUGUGUCCGAUGAGUCGAGUCCGGAGACGAAGCCGCCGGCGCAGCUGCCCGAGAUCCGAGAAGACCCCGCGGGCACUGCAACAGCUCUAGGCGUGCCCGAGAACCGAGCGCGCUCCGCGUCCACCCCGGGGCUAACAUUCGGCGCACCCCGCAUCGACAUCUCGCGGGCCUCCAGCUCUAGUCACCACGACUCUCGCGACAGCUCGCCGGAACUGGCACUAUUCGCGGGCGCACCCGCCGCCUCUGGUGAACUGGGCUUCCGUGAGGACGGCGCGUUGGACCUUCGCUCCUCCACCGAGGAGUUAGCAUUCCUGGAGGGUGCGCCUGGUGGGCCGGUUGCAGUUGCGCCGCCGAUACCGCCCGCCACCGACUCGCGUCGCCACUCGCGCAAAGACAGUCAAGGCAGUGAGGCGGCGCUGUUGGCUGUGUCGGGCCGCACCAGUCGCCUUUCGAGUGUAGGCUCGCAGUGUUCAGCGCACUCGGUGCUGUCGGGCUUCAGCCACGUGUCGCGCGUGUCGCGGCUGUCGGUCACGUCGGCCGCAUCACGCUCCCCGUCCCCGCACAAAAUGCUGCUCGAGACAUCGUUCUGUGGCCCACGCCCCAUCGAGACCGACCCUGAGAUAUGCGCUGCCGCUGUAGAGGAGUGUCUGCUGGAGAGAGUCAAAGCCGGCGCUACGGUGGCACCGAGGGUUGCGGAUCCACCGCCGCCUGCCGGAGACGCGCGCGACCGCCGCGAGGUCACGGCUGAAGUCACAGUGGAACGAGCCCCACGCCCCGCGCCCAUACCCGCGCUGACGGCGCCUGUCGCUGAUGACAAGCAGCGCAAAGAGAGUAGCAACCGUGCACGCGCCCGCUCGCGGCAGCGUCGCGACCACUCGCAGCCCGAGGUGUACAAGAGCCGGAACCGCUCCAAGGACAUUAUACGUAUUCGACUGAAGCCGGAGAACGAGUACGACGACGACGAUGACGAUGAGAGCGAGGGCGCAAUGGUGGACAACGAACAAGGUCGCGUUACUCGACCUACGGAUCUGGCGCCGCGCAGUCCAUCGCCGCAUCGGUCGCCCUCGCCGUUGCCGCCGCCUGGUGGCGUGUCACGGAAAUCCUCCUUCUGUUCGUUAUUCAAGUCACGUGAAACCAUUGCCUCACCUGAUUCACCAUCGGACGCACUACGGCGCAAGAAAAGCCUCAAUGAAGGUCGGUCCCGCAGCAAGAGCCGCGACCGUUCAGCGCCACCUUCGGCCGCCGGGCGCAUCCGCGGGUCUGUGCUGUCUCUAUUCCGCACGCCACGGCGCAGUGUUGCCGAAGUGGUGUCACCAAAUUCUCGCGCCGCGUCACCCGCGUCAUCAACGUCUGGCGCGCAGCACGACCGCUCACGUCGCUCCACGGCCGAGCGCCUCAAGUACUACGAGGACUCGCGCGACGGCAUCAUCCACAUACCAUUGCGCACACCACCCGACGAGCGACCCUGUUCUCCUCACGAAGCUCCUCGGCCCGCAUCCGCACCAUCGGCGCCGGCGUCGACGGUCUCCCACCCACCACAGAAUCCUACGCAACGCACGGUUCUGCCUGACGGAAGCAUCAUAAUCCCUCUGCACUCGCCCACUGAAAAGGUCGCCAACUGUGAUGUGAUCCUUCCUACGGUGAGUGGAAGAUCCUCCGUCCCUACUUGCGUCGAAAGAUCUAUCGAGCCCGAACGCCAACACGUUGAACGACCAGAAACGCCGACGAAUUUUACGCGGCCCGCGGCUGAGACGAGAAUCGAAUCGACAACAACGAAAACGGAUCUCGGUCACGCCGCGGGUCUCGAUAGUGCGACACUACCCGUUGAGUCGGUGUGUGCGGCGGCACCGACGGCGACAACGACCACCACUACGACGACGACAAAUGGCGACCGCUUACGGCGGCGGGAAAGGCUUGUGUUCACCACGCACGUGGGCAGCUCCGAACAGGUGUUCAGCACGCAGUUUAGCAUCACGAAAACACCAAGUGUCACAAGCGAGAUCUCCGAGUCCGUACCGAGCCUAGCGGAGGAGCCAAGGUUGUUGCGCGACACGCAUAUCGCGGGUGAUGAGCCACAAGCCGCCGGAUCCAGUCUAUCCGGUGGAUCAGUGGGUUCGACUGAGGCGCAUCGUUGGCCCCAGAGGGACUCCUCGGACGAAGACGGCAGUUCGGACACUGGCGCACGCGCUGCCGAUCCGCCAGCGCCAGACGCGAGUGUCGACGGCGGCGGGUCAGCAGCCGUCCUCGACGUGGAGGCUCGCGGCUUGGUGGUGCAGGAAUCCUUUGAGGAGGAGUUGCCCUAUGUGCCCACCACGCUCCCACUCGAGCGCCCGCUUGCCCUACCUAUGGUCCCCGUGCGCGAACGCACCUCUGUUCACCAUGCAACCGCAAUCGUGGAGCGACCGCGUGCGAGUUUGGCGCGGACGGUGGCGGCAGUGCCAGUUGCCGCCCAGGCGCCCGUGCAUCCAAGCGGCGACAAACUACGCAUCCGCCUGCCACGUCGGCCACGUGCCGUGUCCGCGCCCGCGCCGCCACACACCGCACGCCAGCGCACUGCUAGCACCAGCGACGGCGGCGCGGGCGCGGGUCGCGGAAAGGGCGAGUGGAUCGAUUUCUCGGAGGUGCCAGAGCGGCGUAAGCAGCCGAAGCGUAUCCAGACGCUACCCACAGGCUCGAGCAGCACGGAAGACACGGGCGGCGUCGUAUUUAGUUACGUGGAGCCCGAAGAAUGCCGUUGCGAGUGCCAUCACGCCGCGUCACCCACUGCCGCCUGCGAGCAACCGCCGCAGUGGGUGGAGGCCGUCGAGCUUAACGUGGUGGUGUCGCGCCCCUUUACCGCCGACCUGGAUCUUCAUUCGCGUCUGUGCGGCCGCGCCCCUCCCUCUUCGAGUUUAACUUUUAUAAAUACUCUCUAUCGACUCGGCUACGAGAUGUUAUCAUUUUUGAGAUGUAAAUUUACCCGGUUCAUUAGGUGUAUUAUAUUUAUAGAGUCGUUUAUAUCUCUCCUAUUAGCCACCGUUGACCUUUGCAUUUUUCGAUGUUUAUUGAAUUGUUCGAAGUGUAUAUUGGGGUUUUACGCGAUAGUCAUGUAUGUUCUGUAUAGUGAGUGUAGUCGCCUCCCGGGGAGAUGUAGAUUCCUGUGGAGUGCCGCCUUCCACGCCGCGCCUUAUGCGAGUCGCCGGCACGUGCUCACGUGACUCGUCUCUCAAGGGACACCCUCACUCGACCACGAUCAGUGCUACUUUGUAUUGCCUACAGUAUAGUUAAGGGGCCAUCCAAAAAUUAGUCACAUAAAGAGAAGAUCCCCAAAACAGUAAAAAUUAGGGCCACGCACAUUUGUGACGUCACUUUAGGAAUAUGGAACAAUGACACACAAAAUUAUCGAUAAGCUGCACUCGCAUUCGACCCAACCAUAUGGCUCAAUUUACAUUGCUGCGGGACGGAUUGGAGGCGAAUUUUUGUAAUUGUGAACUUUAUGUAGUUUACUACUAUCUAGUUUGUACGUUACACAACUUUACUUACAUUUCAUAAUGUACAAUUUAGUGACGAAAAUUCGCUUUCAUUUCGUUCCGCAGCCAAUGUAAAUAGAGCUUAAGUGAUGUUCAUUCCGUUCCAUAAACACUCUGUGUGAAAAGUUGAAAAGAUGUGUCAUCACAUUUUCACAGCACACGGCUCUUCUCAUUACAUAAAUUUUAUAUGAGAGACGGGGUUAUAAAAAACUGUGUAAUUUAUGGAUGGCCGAUUUAUAAAGUCGGAUUGUUAAUAAUGUAACUUUUAAAAAUAACGUUGCCAUUUUUAUUAUUACAUAAGAUGACAUGUUUGGUUGUCUUCAAUCAACUCAUUGAAGAGAAUAAGUUUUUGAGUUACUUAUGUAAGCCAAACUUAUGGAUAUCGUAUACCAGCUUUAACUUGAAUAUUACUACAGGUAUAAUUUGGAUGAGGUGGCAGUUGAAUAUGGAGUCCACAGUUCUGUGCUUGAUGAUUUAUUUCCGAAAAUUGAGAGACCUACAAAUUAUAAAAAGAUAUAAUUCACCUUUAUGACCUAUUAAGUGAGUCAAUGAAGUCAACCCUAUUAGGGCGCCUUCCAAUUAGACGCUUAUAGAAGCGCUGCAGUAACACUACUGAUUUUCAUACAUCUGGAAGCGCAGUCGCAGCGACACUGUCGUGACACGCGCGCGCUAGUCAGUGAAGUAAGAUAUAACGCGCGGCUACCGGUGCUUAUACAAGCGUCUAAUUUCAAGGCCAUUAUUUUUAUUUUAUCGAUACAGAAUACUAAAAAAACCGACCUCAAAGUUCGUGGAAUUACAUCUAUUUGCCAAGUUUUAUUGAAAUCGGUUA